AGUGCCAGAACCAGUUCCCUAUGGCUAAAUAAAUACAUAACAGUUUAUAUGACCUAAGAACAUCAGCCGGGAUAACGGGAAUUCUUCGCUAUCUUUUAAGUCUGGUUGGUAUCGUAUUGAUUUAGCUUCACGGUGAGUCUGGUGCCCAGGACCCGGACUCGUGGGGCAGUGGCAGGCUCCCGGUCACCGCCCCUUCCUCUCAGCCGCUUUUCAAAAUCCGCUAUAAGCCAGAGGAGGAUGGCAGUACAUCCAAGGACACAAAGCAGACGUCUACCUCUGUUAGGAACGAAGUCUCCAGUGCUUUGUAGAAAUAAAAUUUCCCCAACAAGUCUCAGUAAGUGAAACUGCCUAUUAUUGGUGGCGAGGACAACUUAUUUUCGAGUGAACCGCAGCGCGACUACGGGGAAAAUGUUGUAAAAGUUUGUUUUAUACGCGCAUUUAAUCACCGGAUUUCACUUGGACAAGAAGCCAGCUGUCGCAAAGGUUCGGAGACUUUGGGCAGGCUGCUGUCCUUUGGGAUGGAUGACGCCCAAGAGCCGGACCAAUAUGAGGAGCGUCUAAAAGAAGUUUUUAACAGUUUCGAUGCCAGGGGCUGCGGCUCUCUGUGCCCAGAGGAGCUCAUGGACCUCUGCCAGUCCUUGCACCUGGAUGAUGCCACACCAGCCCUCCUCCAUGCACUGCUGAAGAACCAGGACCACCUCACUGCCAGGGUUGACUUUGACCAGUUCAAAAAUGCACUGAUUUUGGUUUUGUCAUCAAGCAUUGAGCCUCUGCAGGCAGAACAGGAGCCCUUGCAAAAACCAGAGUCUCCUGAGAUCCAACCAAAGCUCGUUAAGGGCAGUAAACGCUAUGGCCGCCGCUCCACGCCAGAGUUCAUUGAGCCUAUUUCAGACUUGUCUGAAGUUGCCAAGUCACACGUGGUGGAUGAGAAAGAUCUGGAAGACAAUUAUGACUCAGCUGUUCCCAGAAAGCGUGAGCGCUGGAAUGCUCAUGAAGCCAGCACAGAGGAGUAUGAGGCAGAAGGUCAGAUGAAUCUCUGGAACCCCGACGAGCCGAGCACACCUCGGAAAUCUGUUGUUCCUCUGUCAACCCGUUUAGAGGAGAGACUGCGUGAAGCCUGUGAGGAUCUGGCGAUAGAAUGGGAUGGAUGUGCUGGUCACACUGAACUCCUCGCUCUCUGUGAACACCUGUGCCUGGAGGCAAAUGGGGAUGUGCUCCUGAGUCUAAAUGGCGAUGGAGUAAUGAAUGUUCAGGAGUUUGUUUCCAAGGUUGCAAACCACAACAACCCCCCCACACCAUCUGCCUCUACACCCUACAGACAGCUUAAACGACAUCACUCCACUCAGCCUUUUGAUGAGGAAGGCCGUAGGAUAGCCGCCCCCUCUGCUUUGACCAGCACCAUUGGCAUGUGUCUCUUCUCCACCCUUGAUGACGGUACCGGUUACACUCCAGUCGAAUACAUUCUGGAUGCCUGGAUGGAAGAGGGAAUAGAAAACAGCACCGAGAUCCUACAGGCUUUGAAUUUCAGCCUUGAUGGCAAGCUCAGUCUUAGUGAUCUCACCAUGGCACUUGAAAAUGAGCUGCUCGUUACUAAGAAUGGGAUUCACCAAGCAGCAUUGGCGAGCUUCAAAGCUGAGAUCAGAUCUCUCCUAGAGCGUGUAGACAGAGAAGGCAGGGAGAAGGAGAAAAUACGAUCUGACCUGGAAAAAGCGGAGAAACUGAAAACUCAGCUCGCCACUGACGUGGAUGAGCAUCACGCUGCGAUUGAGCACAUGAAUAACCUCACCCUCAGGAAACUUGAGCAGGACCACAAAGAGAAAUUAGCAGCAGUACGAUCAGAGAUGAUGAGAGAGAUGGACCGGAUCCAGCACCAGGCGGGCCUGCAGCGUGAGGAACUGGAGGCAGAGAUGGAGAAGAUCAGGGAGGAUGAAUCUUUUCUCAGAGACCGCCUCUCAGUGUCUGUGAAGGAAAAUAGACGUCUUGAAAUGGAGCUGCUGGACAGCACAGAAAAACUAGUGGAGGCACAAAGCCACAUUACAAAACUCCAGACAAGUUUGAAUAGCAUUAUGAAAGAGAAGUUUGGAGACUUGGACCCUGGUAGUGCAGACUUCUUCCUCCAAGAGGAGCGUAUUAAACAGCUACGUGACGGCUAUGAAGCUCAGUGCAGGGAGCUACAGGAUCGUAUUGAUGAGCUGCAGUCAGAGCUGCAGGAGUUCCACAGUCUUGGUCGAGUUCAUCAGCCCUGCCACAAACCUCUGUCUGAAGAGCUGGAGAGUAAAAGCCCUGGCAUGGAUUCUGAUCCAGGCAUCGGUUCAGAGGAGGUUCAACUGUUCGGCUUGAACCUGGAGGCCGAGAUGAUGCUGGAGCAGCUGAAGGAGCAGCACCUUCAGGAACGGGAGGAUUUGCGAAACCAGUUGGAGAGCAAGAUCAGUGAAUUUGACAAGCAGAGGUUGACCCAUGAGGGCCAGAAGGCUGCCUUAGUCCUUCAGUACCAGCAGGAGGUCCAGGCUUUGAGGGAGGAGAUGGCCAGCGUUCAGAGCCACGUACAGGAGCUCGAGAGCCAGCUAGAGCAGGCGGAGCUGGAGCAAACCUGUCUGGAGCAGAAACAGGCCAAGGAGAGGGAAGAACUGGAAAACCUGCAAGAGGAGGAAGUGGGGACUCUCAGACAACAGCUGCUGGAGGCCCACACCUACAAUGCAGACCUGGAAGAGCAGCUGAAAACCCUCGAAGCCCAGCAGGCGGAGAUGGAGGAAAACCUUCUCAAUGAGAUGGAAGAACUGAAAAAACAACAUGCUACUAAGAUCAAGAAACUGGAGGAGGAGCAUGUGGAGGUUUCUGAAGCCAGACUGGACGAGGAGAGAAAGAAACUGCAGAAAGAAAAGGCUGGGCUGGAGAAGAGAUUUUUAGAUGGUUAUGAAAGGGAGAAAGAACUGUUGCUACAGUGCCACGAGGAUGAACUGAGGGCCACGCUGGAGGAGGCAAAGAUCAGGUUUGAAGAAGAGCGUGAUGAAACCGUGAAGAGACUGACAGACCAGUGGCAGAAAGAAAGGGCUCAGCUGGAUGAGCAGAAUCAGGAGUCUCUACAGGUGCUGCUGGAGGAGGAGAUGCUGAGACUUGUCAGGGAACAAGAAAAGAAGGAGAGCGAGCUCAGGGAACAGUGGGAGACUGAACGCAUUCAGCUUCAGGAGCGCCACGAGGAGGCUCUUCUUAAUAGAAUGCAUCAAGAAAGGCUGCAGUUGCAGGAGCAGUAUGAGCUGAAGGAGAAAAAGCUAAAGGAGGAGUGGGAGAGGGAAAGACUGCAGCUAGAGGAGGACUAUGAAGGGAUCCUCCAGGAUAGGUUGAAUGAAGAAAGGGAGAAACUUGAGACAGAGAAAGAGGAGGUGGGGAAGAAACUAGAAAGAUUAAUGGCAGAGGAGAGGUCCCGAGUUGAGGAGAGCCACCAAGAGGCCAUGAAGGAGCUGACUGUCAAACACAGCGAGGAGAGGGACGCACUGAGCAGCAUGUUGGACAAACUCCGAGAUGACAUAGCUCAGGAGAGAGCUGAGGCCAGUCGUCUUGCUGAAGAAAACCUCCUCCUCAAGCAAAAGAUUGCUGUGUUGAAGGAAGAGGACUUGAGAGAGGCCCAGGAAGAAAUGACACAAACAUUGGAGUGCCUAACAAAAGAGAGGACUGCAGCUCAAGAGGCAGCAGAGAAUUUCAAGAAAGAGAUUUCAGGGCUGAAUUUGCAAAACCAGAAACUCAAGGGUGAGAACGCGAUGCUGGCAGAGAAAAAUGUCCAAAAUAUUGCUUAUAUGGAGACUUUACGACAGCGACUGGUGGAGCUGACAAAGGAAAACGAGAAGAGGGAGGUGUUUCCCGCUGAGGAGAAACACAAGCUGGCAGCUUGUGUGUCUGCUCUGGAGGCAGAGCUGCACAAAGCUCUGGAGGACACUGCACAGCUGCAGGAGAAGAAUAUCCAGCUGUCACAGCAGCUGUCUGUCCUCAGAGAGAAGGCAGUCAAAGUGGACUCUGUGGACACGCAGCUCAGUCACCUAGCAGAGGAGAGGAAGAGUGUGGAUAAGGAGAAUCAAAGCCUUCGCAGCCAGCUAGCCAAAGCUCAGGACCGGGCCAAGGCAGCAGAUGAAGCUCUGCAAGCGGUAAACAAUCAAAACGCUUGUCUCAAGACGGACCUCCGUGUUUUGCAGCAGGAGAGAGAGUCCCUCAAACAUGACGUGGCAGUGCUUUGCAAACAGCUGCAGAAUGCCAACGAUAAAAACCAUGCUUUGGAGAUGGCCUUGCACUCGAGUGGUCUCCAGAGCAAGAAGCUGUACAGAAAUGACGUGUCUCGGCUGAUGGAACAGGAGCAGCAGCUGCUGAGGCAAGAAAACGAGAGGCUUCUGGCCGAAGUGCUCGACAUCAAAGGAGACCUUGUGCAGUCCCAAGAAAAGGUCCGACAGCUUGAUGCUACCAUCCUAUCCCUGAAGCAGCACAAACAGAAUCAGUCGUCACUGGUGAAGGCCUUGGAACAGGAGAACGCUACGCUGAAGCAGGAGCUGGAGGCACAGAAAGAGCUGACCAAGGGCUGCAAAGCUGGACAAGGACACUUGCAGCUGGAGAGCCUUCAUGAAGAAAAUGAGGCACUCAAGGGCCAAUUGGCUCGACUGUCUGCACAGCUGCUAGAGUCGCUUCAGGCACAGUUUGUUGGACUUCUGCCUCCGUCACCGCACAGGAUCCCCAGGGGGCAGCAUCGAGGAGAGGAUCCGGACAACAUGCAGGAUGAAAGGGAGAGGAAGAUGAAGAACAUGGAAGAACGUAUGAGGGAAAUUGAACUGUCGCUGCGUAAUGUCAAACUGCUACUCAAAGAGAAGGUUGCUCUGCUGAAAGACCAGCGGUACAAGAAUGGCAAAGCAGAUGUGUUGAUCAAAGACCUGUACGUGGAGAACGCCCAGCUGCUGAAAGCUCUGGAGAUGACCGAACAGCGGCAGAAUAUCACUGAGAAGAAGAACUACCUACUGGAAGAGAAGAUCUCCAGCCUUAACAAGAUAGUGCGAGACCUGAACCCAUCACACCUUCCCACACUACCCUACCACUAUCAGUGCUCAUGAUGCAUCACUUUGGAUUUUAACAGUACUCCAAAGUCAACCAUAAACUGCACUGUUUAUUUACUAUAUUUUUUUAUGUCUUUAAAACCUUUUUUUUUAUUGCAUUAUGUCUUGUGCAACUGAUCCAACCAAAGGGAUGAGAAAAUGGGUUUUCUGUUGCAUCUUUAACAUAAUUUCAGCCUAAAUGUUAAGUAUGUACUGUAUUUGUUCGUUUUAUUGAGGCAGUAAAUUUGUUUUUGUGUUGAACCUAUGAAGAAACAAAUGUGAAGGUUAGGCUGUAAAGAAAUUUGCUAUUUUAUAGUAAAUUAUAACUUAAAUAUGUUUCAAAGCAGUAACUGUUACUAGUAAAUGAGUAGCUCUUUUAUCAUGACACAGUAUUUUCCUUCUAAAGAGAAGAGCAAUACACGUUUUAGUUGUUUGUCUGUUAUCAAAGAGAUUGAUGGUGUUGAUCUCCAUCUUCCUUCUCUAGCCCUUAUGUAAGGAAACCAAAACCAGUCAGUAAUAAAAUUAUGCAAGCAAAAAAGUCAUAAUAUAGUCGCAUUUUAAAGGUAUUUGCCUUUGUUCAACACUACCUGAAGUUACAUUCACUUUAAAUGUCUGUCAAGUGGCAAUAUUUGCUAUUUAAGUGUAUUUGAAUAAAACCCAGUGUUCUUCUGCAAAACCUAUAGCUGCAUUCGAAGACUGGCAUAAGCAAUGUCUUUGAUUCAAGUGUCAUUGCUACAGUGCAAGAUGAAAUCGGGGUCAUAUUUUGCUUUCUGGGGUUAAAUAAAAUAU